GAGAACUAUUUCCCACCCCCUACACCGACGGGCGAUGUUCAAGGCUGGUCCCUGGAGCAUGCGCAGUGACACCUCACCCCCACUCUUUCCCACACCCCCACCGGGCUCCUGCAUUAAGCCCGGGGUUCGCAGCAGCAGCCGGGAUCGGGCACCCGGGGGCGGGCGGGCACAGUGGGGCCAUGGCUGAGGGUGAGGAUAUGCAGACCUUCACUUCCAUCAUGGAUGCACUGGUCCGCAUCAGUGUGAGUUAAGACAAGCAUGAAGAACAUGGAGAAGGAACUGCUGUGCCCGGUGUGUCAAGAGAUGUACAAGCAGCCCCUGGUGCUGCCUUGUACCCACAAUGUGUGCCAGGCCUGUGCCCGGGAGGUGUUGGGCCAGCAGGGCUACAUAGGCCAUGGUGGGGACCCCAGCUCUGAGCCCACCUCUCCUGCCUCCACUCCUUCCACCCGCAGCCCCCGCCUGUCUCGAAGAACUCUCCCUAAACCAGAUCGCUUGGACCGGCUGCUUAAAUCAGGCUUUGGGACAUAUCCUGGGAGGAAGCGAGGUACUUUGCACCCCCAGGUGAUCAUGUUCCCAUGCCCAGCCUGCCAGGGUGACGUGGAGCUGGGGGAGCGGGGCCUGGCUGGGCUUUUCCGGAACCUAACCCUAGAGCGAGUGGUGGAACGGUACCGCCAGAGUGUGAGUGUGGGAGGCGCCAUCCUGUGCCAGCUGUGCAAACCCCCACCACUAGAGGCCACCAAGGGCUGCACAGAGUGUCGUGCCACCUUCUGCAAUGAGUGCUUCAAGCUCUUCCACCCCUGGGGCACUCAGAAGGCCCAACACGAGCCCACCCUGCCCACCCUCUCUUUCCGCCCCAAGGGCCUGAUGUGCCCAGACCACAAGGAAGAGGUAACUCACUACUGCAAGACGUGUCAGCGGCUGGUAUGCCAGCUCUGCCGGGUGCGGCGCACCCACAGUGGGCACAAGAUUACACCAGUGCUCAGCGCGUACCAGGCCCUCAAGGACAAGCUGACAAAGAGCCUGACAUACAUCCUGGGAAACCAGGACACAGUACAGACCCAGAUCUGUGAGCUGGAGGAGACCGUCAGGCACACUGAGGUGAGUGGUCAGCAGGCAAAGGAGGAGGUGUCACAGCUGGUGCGGGGGCUGGGGGCUGUGCUGGAGGAGAAGCGAGCCUCACUGCUUCAGGCCAUCGAAGAGUGCCAGCAGGAGCGGCUGGCUCGGCUCAGCGCCCAGAUCCAGGAGCACAGGAGCCUGCUGGACGGCUCAGGUCUGGUGGGCUAUGCCCAGGAAGUGCUUAAGGAAACGGACCAGCCUUGCUUUGUGCAAGCAGCCAAGCAGCUGCACAACAGGAUUGCCCGAGCAACUGAAGCCCUCCAGACAUUCCGGCCAGCUGCCAGCUCCUCCUUCCGCCAUUGCCAGCUGGAUGUGGGGCGUGAGAUGAAGCUGCUGACUGAGCUUAACUUCCUGCGAGUGCCCGAGGCGCCCGUCAUUGACACCCAGCGCACCUUUGCCUACGACCAGAUCUUCCUGUGCUGGAGGCUGCCCCCCCACUCACCACCUGCCUGGCACUACACCGUUGAGUUCCGACGCACAGAUGUGCCUGCCCAGCCAGGCCCUACCCGCUGGCAGCGGCGGGAGGAGGUGAGGGGCACGAGCGCCCUGCUGGAGAACCCUGACACGGGCUCUGUGUAUGUGCUACGUGUCCGUGGCUGCAAUAAGGCUGGCUAUGGCGAAUACAGUGAAGAUGUGCACCUGCACACACCCCCAGCACCUGUCCUGCACUUCUUCCUUGAUGGCCGCUGGGGUGCAAGCCGAGAGAGGCUGGCCAUCAGCAAGGACCAGCGAGCAGUGCGGAGUGUUCCAGGGCUGCCCCUGCUGCUGGCUGCUGAGCGGCUGCUGACUGGCUGCCACCUGAGCGUGGACGUGGUCCUGGGCGAUGUGGCUGUGACUCAGGGUCGUAGCUACUGGGCGUGUGCCGUAGACCCUGCCUCCUACCUGGUCAAAGUGGGCGUCGGACUGGAGAGCAAACUUCAGGAAAGCUUCCAGGGUGCCCCGGAUGUGAUCAGCCCCAGGUAUGACCCAGACAGUGGGCACGACAGCGGUGCUGAGGAUGCCACGGUGGAGGCGUCGCCACCCUUUGCUUUCCUAACCAUCGGCAUGGGCAAGAUUCUGCUGGGGUCCGGAGCAAGCUCAAAUGCAGGGCUGACAGGGAGGGAUGGCCCAGCAGCCAGCUGCACAGUGCCUCUGCCACCCCGUCUGGGCAUCUGCUUGGACUAUGAACGGGGCCGGGUUUCCUUCCUGGAUGCUGUGUCCUUCCGUGGGCUCCUAGAGUGCCCGCUGGACUGCUCAGGGCCUGUGUGCCCUGCCUUUUGUUUCAUCGGUGGUGGCGCAGUACAACUACAAGAGCCUGUGGGCACUAAGCCUGAGAGGAAAGUCACCAUUGGGGGCUUUGCCAAGCUGGACUGAUCCUCUCCGGUCUGUUUUCCAGACUUGGGGUCUCACUGGGCCUGGCCCCCCCAAGCCUCCUGGCACCAGGUCGUUCCCGACAGCUUCUUCCCCAAAUUCUUCCUACCAUGUGGUCCUGCCCCUUACCCUCUGUCUGUGUCUUCCCAGGGCUUUCUCUUGACCAAGGGGGCUCUCCUCUGCUCACCUCUGGAUGUCCUCCAUUCUCUCUGUUGCCUGUCAGCCCAGGCUCCCAUGCCUACCAAGUCUCUGACCCAUGCCUUGCCCUUGGCAUCUUCCAAUCAUAGAGAGCCCCUUCCCGUCCUGUGCCGCUGAGGCUGAUUAGGAGGGAGGGCACCUGGAACACUGGGCAUGAUCGCCAGCUCUGCCCUUUGCCUUGCCAAGCUUCCUGCCCCAUUAUAGCUUUGGGGCAGGUAGGCUUUGGGCCUCCCUGGUAAGGGGGAGAGGACCCUAUCCUGCUUUAUUUACUUGGGUCCUCGUACCCCCCCACCAGCCGCAUGUUCCUUAUGUCCCUCUUCUCCUUCUUGCAUGCUUUACCUGUCCUGCACCCAUGCCAACGUGCCAAGUCUCCUUUGGGGACCCAGCUGAGGCUGGGUGUCUCCAUUGGGUUGGGCCAGGCAAGGCCUCUGGUGCCCACAGCUGCCUCCCUGUGGUGGGCACAGCUAGGCUGAGCAACAGCUGUAAUUUUCAUGGUUUAUAAACAAUAAACUGUGACGCCAGGCACAUUUCUGCCUUCCCUGAG